UGGUGGUCCCGCUAGACUGCUGUAUUGAAUACAAAUAAGAUCCAACUCCAUAAUCGUGCUUUUUUUUCCAGUCUCUAGAGUCCAACGAAUAACGAGCAUUGAUACGCAUAAUCCGCAAUCAUUGAACUGUGUGAACAGGAGAACGUCAGCAAGCAAAACAAAGUAGUUGUGUGGAAAUCGAGGUUCUUGUUGCUCCUCUCUCCAGGAGCACUAUAUUGGCUAGGUACUGGUACAAUAUACAUUUGGAGAAGAAAAUCUUUCUUAUUUGGAUAUCGACUUUUUUUUUCUCCCAUCUGACUGCGUGCAUGGUUUCUUUUAAGUCGAUUACAAGUUGCUACGAAAACACAAUCGUCUAGACGUAAAAGCACAUUUUCCUUAAAUUCGACAAUAACGAAUAAAUAAUGAAUCAAUGUUGUGCCACUCCGAAGGAGCAGAAGUGUUCCCCCACGCGCGUGAGAGCUUCUGCACAUUGCACGAAAUGGGAGACCCCGUCAACGCCCACACCUUUUCCUAAGGCUAAGUGCUGUAAAAUAUUAGGCAACUGCUACUGUAUAUAGCAGCAUGACGUUUUAUUAUUAUCAACGACCGGCGACAAGACAAGCAGAAAACAGAGCAAGCUCUCAUGAAGGUAAAUAAUCGUGUCGCACAGGGAGUUCGUUAUUUUCCGAUCGAUUUCUUUAGCACCCGCGAACGCACGGUAGCGAUGCGUCGCUUAAUCCUCGAUGCCUAAGAAUAGCGCUCAUUUUUUACGUGGUGAGGUUAUCAACUGGGUUUCUGUUUGGCCAAGAGAUUAUCCUAUUUGCCAGAAACCCGAAUUCAAUUUCGUAUCCAUUUACGGAUAGACGAGCUUAUGCUUGUUGAAAAAUGCGGCGGCAAAUGCCUUAAAAAAAUAACUUUGGGAAGAUAUUCUAUCACGCUGUGUGCCUAUUUAUUCAGUUAACGAACUACAGCCAUGGACGUCAAGAGCCAUGCGAUACAGUUGGCCUCCAGUGGUGACUGAAAUAAAAAGCGAAUAACGUUGAACACUUUGAAGGUAACACGUAACAAAAAGGUUGAAUUCAAAUCUGACUGUUUCCAGACAGUUUAAAAAUUGACCGCUAGAUGUGCUAGAGUUGCCUUCAGAAGAAACCGAAAAAAGUUCGAAAAGUUGUAAACACAUGUACAUUAAACCUGAAUUUCUGUCUGAUCGAGAUUGUCGUGUAAAAACACAAUCAGCUUAAAAUGGUGUCGUGUAUGAUGAGACAGAGUGACGAAAAACACAUUCUUGGAACUGCGUCAACAGAAAUCCUUUUGUGGUCUUCCAGACGAGAUCUGAUUGCCGUCUCAAACAGCUCUGGUGAGGUUUUUCUGCGGAGGUUGUCAUGGAGUAAAGUUUGGAAGCUUUCUAAAAGAGGUGAUGGUGUGAAAGUCACAGCGAUCGUUUGGAGACCAGACAGUGUGAUACUAGCUGUAGGAUACAGUUCUGGGCAUGUGGUUCUAGUUGACGUUGAAUCUGGAGAAGUAGUACACACAUUCAACCCAUGUGAGGAACCCAUCACAGCUCUUUCCUGGGAAAACUGCAGCACGAGUGUGAAAGAAGAGGCAGACAAUUUCUUGCUGCCAGAGCUGCUGCCUCAACCAUUGAAAGUUAACUCUUCAAAGCUGGAUGCUGGGUCAGCACUUGAUGGCGACAAAGGAUUGAAACAUGAAGAAUUACUGAGCAUUUUGUGGAUUGGACUAAAGAAUGGGUUAGUUUAUGGAUUCGCCUUUGGACUCUUUCCUUGCUGCCUUCUAAAACUUUCAGAAAUGAGUGGUGGGAGUGAUUCAAUCGGACCUGUACGAAGUGUUUUCCCCAAUGGUGAUCACAGCCAACUGUGUUUACUAGCCGAUGUUCGUGCCGGAUCCUCAGAAGUUUUACUCAUGACUGUGGAAACCCCACUCAUAACUCAUUGUUUGAAAGAGUUGUACGGUCUAGGAUUUCUCUAUCGACAGAUAACUGGCCUCAUGGACUGUCUAAUCAGUUCUCAGAAAGCUCUACAAGAAGCAUGGGAGGAUGCACUAGUCGACCUCGAAUCGAAAAUGGUUCGCUAUGAAAGCAACGACGGCAAGAGUAGCUUAUCUGUCGACUUGAUGGAGCUCCUGAUGUUUGGCCACGCCGGGAUCAAGCUGGAGAAAUUUCUUGUUACUGACUUGACUGACAAAGGAUUGAAACGAAUCGGCCAAGCCGUAGAGUUAUCCUACAGCAACAUGCAGAAACUGCUCAUCAAACACAUCGUGUGUGCCAACUACCAACUGUCGCAUUAUUUGACACAACUUUGCGGGCUGGCCAAACAAGAAGAUCGUUUCUCAUGCCUCGGCCUCCAAGUCAAUUCGUGUUUGGCUGCAUACCGGGCGGCCGGCUCUUUUACCGCCAAAACCGCUGAGCUUCAACAGGUGAUCGAUGGUUCUGUCAAGUACCUCAAGACAUUCUUCCGCUGGCUUUACGUUACCAUCUUGCGCCUCUCGGACGAGCCUAUCCCACCUGAGCUUGCCACCAGUACCCAGCAAGAUGUACGGUUUAUCGCCAACUUCCUCGCCAAAGAUUUUGAGACCGAUGGACAAGUACGUCUGGAUCGUAUUGGGCAAUAUUUGAGGAAUGAGCCGCUGACGUUUGUUGCCAGCUCUAAAACUAGACCCUGGGACAUGUUGAUAGAAGCUUGUCCAUCUAUUGCGAAUCUUCAGGACUCGGACUUAUUUCAACCCCGUGCUGAACGCUCUCUUGCUCAAGAGUUCGCCCAUUUGGAACAUCAGGUCAAAGCCAGUUUCGAAGCUAUUCCUUCAGCUGUUGGACAGACUGCGUCGUUGCCGUUUAUCACCGACCUGACGUUAGAUUGUCCUUCGGACAGUCUGGACAAGAUCAGAAUCACAACACGAUCCAUCAACCAACCAAAAGAUCGGUGUAAUCUUCUUGGCUUGACAAAUUCGACCACUCAUUCUUCAGGAUUUUACCUGUUUGAAUUUGCCUCCGAGAAGGAACGUAAGAACUUGACUCGAGCAGCAUUCUUCUCCUUUGGCAAGUGCGACCAUCUACCUCCUGGCGAAUAUAAAAUAGCUGAUCUGCAGUUCUAUAACAACGAGAUCAUGUCAGUUUUGCUUUCGAUCGAACGCAGCACGAAUAGCAUCUUCGUACAACUCAGUCUAUGUCUGUUACGCGAACAUUUGGCUCCCGUUGUGUCACGGCGAGGACCUUUUAACUCGUCCUUCCAUUCAGAUGUUUUCGUUUCAUCAGUUCUCAGCCAAGGCAAUCUUCGAUCAGUGGAUGUCAAUACCUUUAUUGAAGCAAGCUCGUUUCGUGUCUUAAACGACUUUCAAGCUACUACCCUCGGUCUAUCGUCCAGUCGAAAGGUUGCCGCUAUCUUUUCUUCGUCAAAAAGAAAGGUUCGCAUAUUUGACAUGGAAGUUGAAGAGGAAGAAGACGAAGAUCAGGACAUUGAGGAUGUUUCAGACUUAUCGCACGAUAUAUCAAAAGAUGGAGGAAAUCAAAAGGAUAUCAGCGACGUGGAUAUGGCCGUCUCUCCCUGAUGGACCAUUAGGACCAAACAUCUUGCUGACAGUUCAUCAGAUGAAAUCGUCCAUGUGUUCGUGAUGCCUCUCUCGAGAUAGGAGUUUUAGUUCCACUCCAUCGAGAGUUAAAGCAUCUUGAAGUUGAAUUUCCACGUUGUAAGCGUUUGCCUAUAAUUGUUAAUAAAAUUGCAUAUCAAAACGAAA